AUGACAACUUCUUCAACUGCAAAUGUUGCUCGGUGGACGGCAUUAGUUCUUGGGCUUGCGUAUGGUUUCUGGCACCGAAAUUCAUUAGAAAAGUCAGAGAAAAUGAAAGCAGCAAUAGUUAAUUAUCAACAUAAAGAGGAAUUAAUCAAUAAAGCAAAGGCAGCUUAUGCCGCGAAAAAAUCUCCAAAUGUCAUAACAGACCCAAAUGAUCCCAAUUUUGAUUUAGAGCGCCUUAUUGCCCAUUACUCAACGCAGGAAAAUAAAUAA